AUGGCAGAGAACAUCGGCCUUGGGCUAGAGAUUUUUAGGAAUAUUGGCAGGAAAGUCCGUGGCAGCAAUUUGGUCCUGAAACUCGAUAUGGAAAAAGCUUAUGACAAGGUCGAAUGGGGUUUCAUGGUUCAAGUUCUUCUCAAAGGGUUGAGACAAGGAGAUCCACUUUCUCCCAGCGUUUUCAUCCUCUGUGCAGAAGUCUUUAGCCGCAGUAUUUCCAGGCUAGUGGCAGCGGGGACUGUCACUCCGUUCAGGCUCAAACAGGGAUGCAUCCAGAUUUCUCAUCUCCUCUAUGCAGAUGACACAAUCCUGUUUCUUAACGGGGCAGCCUCCUCUCUUUCCAAAAUGCGGCAGUUUAUCAGCAAAUACCAGGAAGUAUUAGGGCAGAAAGUAAAUCCCAGGAAAAGUGCUUUAUUCGUCUCAUCCAAGGUUCUGCCCGGUAGGGUAAGAUCAAUUGAAAGAUCGCUUGGCUUCUAUAAAGCCGAUGGGGUAUUGUCCUAUUUGGGAGUCCCAAUCGUUAAAGGUAGGAUGUUAAGUAGCGUAUUUAAGCCGCUGUUAGACAAAAUUUCUGCCAGAGUGCAGGGCUGGAACGUGAGGCUGUUUUCCCAGGCUAGCCAUCUCACGCUCAUCUCCCAUGUCCUGAGUAAUAUCCCUAUACACUCUUUGGCGGCUAUUAUUCUCCUUGCGAAAGUAAUUGGGCUGAUGGAGAGGUCCUUCUCCAACUUCUUCUAG